AUGACCCGUGACCAGUCAUCACUUUUAUGUUGGAAGUGCAGCCAGAUGAGGAGUGGUCAGUGCGGUGGUGUGGUGCGGAGGCUGCCUGAGCGCUGAAGGGGGUCAUUGUUGAAAAAGAGCUGACAGCCAGGAUGGGAUCCCAUUUGAUAGGCAAAAAUAUUGACAGAUCCAAGAGUGCACUUUGGGAUGAUAAUUUAUACUGAUCAGAUACGUGAACACAAAAUGUACUGUUUUAAACAAAUGGAGCACAGAAUGUGACGUCUCAUUUGUGCUUGACAGUCCUCAUCCAGAUUCAAUCUUUGAUUCAAUAUCAAACCUUUCAGAGGCCAAGUCUGCUCAAAACAUGUGAAAAGAGCCCAAAAUUACACUCAUGCAACCUGUUUCUCAAACUAGGUAUACUCAUCUGAGUACAAAGUGAAGCUGUUCGCACUGAAAAUAAAUUAUUUUAUGAAAAACUUGGCUUAUCUUAAUUUGAUGCCAUUUGAUGUUUAAAAAAGAUAGGGCAGGGGCAUGUUUGUCAGUGUGCUGCUUCACCCCUUCUUUCCACAACACUGUAAAUGUUUGAGAAUCCAGGUAAUCAGUUACUUGAAAUCUGAAAACAAGUCAUUUCCUUUUCUAACCCAAUAUGGCAAUUUAGCUGCUCACAGUUCAGUCUCUACUUUUUCAUAUUUUAAAAUUCAUGAUGCACAAAAUAUUUCUGUUGGUGAUAAGUCCAGACUGCUGGUUGUUUCAGUUUAGCAAUGCUGCUGUUCUAUGUGCAGAAUGUGAUUUCGAAUAUGCUAAGUCUUCCCUGAAAAAGGCAUUGGCAUCUCUGCAUUUUUCCUCAGAUAUGUGAGCUAUCCAGGCCAUUGACGUGCAUUGAUAACAGGUUGUAUGGCCCCUCUCUGCAAGCAAGUGUCAGAUUUUGAUUGUCAGACCACAGAGCUGGUUUACAACUUCGCCUUUACUCUUAAAUGAGCCCUGACCAAGAGAGGUUGUUGGAUCAUGUUUAUUUACAGUUGUCUCUUUGCAUGGAUCAGUUUUGACCUGGAUUUACUACAAAAAUCAUAGUUGUCAAAUGAUAUGAACAAAAAUAAAAUCAGUUUUUAAUACCUUAGCAUCCCAACUUAUUGGGAUUGGGGUUGUAAAAAGAAAUAAAAUUGGACUUGGUACAUCACCAAAUGUUUAGUGUGUAUAUAUAGAGCACAAAAAGAGAAAAACAAAUUGUGACAAACUGUUUUCUACUCAAUGUUGUUGGCAGCCCAGGUAACUUCUACUUUACUGAAUCACUUCAAUGACGUUUGGCCGCCUAAAAUAAUAAUACGGGAUAAAUUUGAAGUCUUACGCAGAGGUGACGUCAAUUUGAUAUCAUUAAGAUGAUUUUUUUUUAAGCCAGAGAAGACAGCCGGAGAUGACAGAGAUGAUGUGGUGCAGCUUCAUUUCAAAGGCUGAAGUGUCUAAACUUAACUCUGUGUGUCCUAUAUUUACCAUGAAGAUUUUUCAGGACUUGUGAAGUGGUGGACCAGGAUGCUCAGUGUGAAGAUAAACUUUAUAACUCAUGAACUGUCUGCUUGUCUUUACAGUGGGCCAGCCCUUCACUGCAGGACUUGGGGGUAAAGUUUUCUCCACUGGUAAGGUACAGAUGUGAUGUUAUUAUGCUUUUGUUUUGUCUACCUGGUGAUUACACUAGCUAUUAGUCAGUUAGCUUAGCUGAUCGCCUGCCAACCUCAAGACUUAAGUUACACCUCAGGAAAUCCCUGCUGCCAGCUUAGAUGUUGUCAGGAAUGUAAACCCUCAUUAAGCCCAUAAUCUGUUUUAUUUACUCUCAAGAUUUGGACUUGUAUAGCCAGAUGUUUGCCUUUGUUUUAAGUCUUUAUGCUAGGCCACACGAGGUAAUUGUCAGCCAAAAUGAAACUAAACAGAUGUGAGGAGGCUGUAGAGCUUUUCUGAAUUUCUGUUAAUAAUGGAGGGCGUGAGCAUCGAGAACACCCUGAAAAAAGGCACAAGUUUCCACCUAAGGCUGGUUUUUAGUGUUGGGGGAUGAUGCCAUGUACAGGACACAGACGCCCCAACUACCUCUGAACAGAAAAAAUGGCGACAAGCCUGUGCUGCUAUCCAGGCAACAGCAGCAAAGAUGGCCGGUGGUCCACCUCUAGUUCCUGAUCUCCGGUAACUUCAACAUAAAGCACUAUUGAUAAUUGCAAAAGUGAUCAAAAUUGUGAUAUUUUCUGUAUUUAUGUUAAAAAAUAUUUUACCUACAAACCCCCCAGUCUUUGGAUCUUGUUUUCUCUCUAUAUAUUAUCCCCUACUUAUUUAUCAGAUGGUUCAGAAGGCGCUAAUUACUGCAGAUCAGCUAAUUUCGGUUGAGAAAUACAUUUGGACUACAAAGCAUUGUUGUUGUGAAACGUCAUCCUAUUGAUAAUCUGAGGUAAAUCAAGUUAAUGCUGUCGUCCGUUGUGUUUCCUGUUAGGUAACAGGGGGGACUACAGUGGAGAGGAGAUGAGAGCAGAGGAGAGGGGCCAAUCAAUGAGGUCACUGAAUCAUGAUUUAUUAUACAGCAGCAGGCCAUUAGUGUCACACAUACUUUGUCACACUAUGUAGAGAUUGCGUGUCUGCAUCUAUCCAGCAGGGUCUGGCCUGUGGACUAAUGCUAAGUGGUUGGGGGGCUUUUUCUGACAUGAAGGGGAAACAUGGCAACCCCAGGGGGGCUGCAGGGAGGAUGGUUCUGUCUGAUGAAAGCUUGGUAUAGGUUGACAUAUUAAAAUGAGGCGAAAUGGAUCGUGAAGCAAACGUGACCUUUUCAUGUUGUCUCCCACGUUUUGUUUGAAUUUUUUAUGAAUAAAAGUACAAAUAAUCUAAAAAGUUAGUGUUUUGGGGAGUGCACUUGUUCACUUUCCUGAACAGAAUUAAAUUAGUUGAUACCAAUUUUUUUCCAUCCAUAUAACAUGAUGCUGUUGCAAGCGGCUAUAUUGGUUAGCUUAGCUCAACAUACAGACUGGAAGAGGGUGGUAACAGCUUGCCUUGCUGAGUUACUGGUGACCUACACCAGCAACUCCAGAGCUCUGUAAGCACAGUAGAUCUUAUUGUUUUUUUCUUCUGUGAAUCCAUUUUAUUUUGUUGGAUAAGGGUGACGCCUUUUGACACACCUUACACAGAGCGUUGACUGGUGUUUUGACUGACGUUUUAGAAAAUGUUGGUUAUUUUUAAGUCCCGUCCUUAGUUUGGUUUGUAUAUUGAGAAUGCAGCAUUUUAGCACCAUUAAAAUGCAGUAAAAUAACUACAGUAAAGAAGUACAUGCAGUACUUCCUAUACACCCAUAUGAAUUAGUAACACAAUUAGCCAAAACUGAGUACAGCUUUAAUUUUCCUUUAACCUUUAUGCUUUGAGGGCUCAUAUAUCUGGGAUCAAUUUCAUUUCAGGGGGUUAAUGUGCUCCAGAGUUGGCAACCCUUUCAGAGGAAAGCAAAUCUCUCUUGUUUAGAUCUAUAAUGUUGCAAUUCAGCGUGCUUCUAGUUACUAUGUUCCUGUCCAUCCAUUGUGCAUGUCUGAAAGUUGAGCAGCCACAGUGAUGAUGCAUUUGAGGAAAACAUACAAACAUAACUUUUAGUCACAUGGCAGUGUUGUGGACAAAAAUUUAGGACUCAGUUAUAUUGGCUCAAGAUAAGGGUUUCUGAUUGUUGUAGGUUAAAAAAUGAUUAUAAAUGACAGAAUCCUCAAACCCUUUUUGGGUUUAUAUAAAGUGUUUUAUUAAUUUUUCCUUACAGGCUUCAAUGUACUGCACCUGACCAAGAGACAGAUCAACAAACACCAGAGUAGUUUUUCAUAACUGCCUCUUGAAUUAAAAAAGAGAUAAAUUUAGAAAGCUUGCUAAGUCCUAAAAUAUUUAUUGACUUCCAGAUAGAGCCAGACUUGCCCAUUUAAUGUCUUUAUGUAAGCUCACCAGCCACAAGCUCCAUCUAUUGAAAAUAUACAUGCAUGUGGAAACCUAUCAGUCUUCCUAACUCGAAGAAAGAAGCAGCUUUUAUCCAUGAUUGUUAAUGUGAAUCUUUUUAAAAAGAACAUCACAGGGGAGAUGCAUUACUUUUUAAAAAGCGGUGAGAUGCUGCAGCUCGAGCCCGUCAUCGCAACAUUAUCUGAGAAAGGAAACCACCUCAUGCAUACAACCUUGAAAUGACCUGAGGCGUUCACAUGAACCACAGCUGAGCUGAGGCUGAUCCACCUGUUCCGUCAUCAGUGGAACAGGGGGGAAAAAUGAGUGGAAAUACUGCCUUUGCUGUGUAACCACGGCAACUCCUCCCUCAAACUGCAACAUCACCAAAGCCCCCACCGCGUGAACCCAGUGGGGAAGGAUAGGCUGUCUGCCUGUCUUACCUGGCUUUAUUAAUAAAGCACCCGGGUCACGUGGUCAGCCCAGCCCUGCACAUUAUUCUGCUACAUUAGCAGAGUAUUUUCGACUGGGUGAUUUUUUCCCCCCUCCCCUCAUCGGAGAGACAGGAGGGAUGCUGCUGAAGCUGCUGUGAGGGAGAGAGAGGUGAGCGUAGUUGGAAAAGCAUCCCCCCUCCGCCCCACCACCAUCACCACCACCACCACCCAUCCUUCCAAAGCUCCUCCUCUGUCGUCGGAAAGCGGACACCGGUCACAUUCUGCUCAAUGAGAGCAAGAGGGCACCGGAGAGGAUUUCCUAAUUUCAACCUGCUGCUGUGCCGUGCGGCUGUUUUCUCGCCUCUGGGAAAGGUAAGGCAUGACACCGCGUGCUGCUCUCCACGCGUCACGCGCCUCGCCUGGGAAACUAUGAUGUUGGGCUGUUUUGGUCGGGGAUGAUGGGUUGUCGACUGUUGUGUGAUGAUACAGCUGGAAGGGCGAAGGCUUCAGUGAAGGGCAGACGGGGAGAAGAGUUGUGAGUGGAGCUGGUUUGUUAGAAAAGGUGUUUGCAGGGCUGUACAGCAUCGAAAAGUCAAACAGGACAGGGUAUGUGUGGUUAAUUUGCUUUCACCUGAGCGGCAGCGUCAUUCCAUUUUCACUGAAUGCAGCUAAGUGAUGUCCGUUUACCGUCGGCCUCCUCAUUUCGUGAACAUUUCUCAGGUAAAAACAGCAGGUUUCCCAUUAUACAGCCUAUCUCAUUUGUCUCAAAUGAAAUUACAAUUAUGAGACGAGCAGAACCAUCUGCCUAUUGAAGUUUUCAGACUGUUUGCUGCAUGCUGCGUUUUGAAUUAAUCGCGGAUCACUGAAAACCGCUCAAUGUUUUUUCAGCCACAACAUGACAGACACAACUAUAUCAGGAACGGCACAAGAAGAUUCCUCUUUGUUUUUGUUUUUUAAUCCAAGUAUUUCUCGCUAUUGGAGAAUAAUUUCAGAGAACCGUGAGAUAAUGAAGUAAGCCAUUGGAGGAUUUUUGAAAACACAGGAGAUGCACAUUUAAGCUGCUGCAGUAGGCCUACACAGUUUUCGGGCAUUUGCUCUCUACAAAGAGCUUUUUUGGGCAGUGGGCAGGAGGGGAUUAGUCCUGACUUGUGGCUGACUUUUCCGGGGCAACAAUGAUUAUUGGUGAAACCAUCUGUUAUGUUUUUUGAAAAAUUCAUCCAAAGAAAGGUCAAGGUUAGUCUGUUUGUAUUGUUAUAAAAAUAGAGAAGCAGCAUCUGACAAUCUGUUAUAGAAAAAACGAAUAAGGCUACAUGAUAGGCGACAUGGUUUGUAAAGAUUAAUUUUCUGUUAUUUGCUGAGAUUUAUCAACUGUUUAGUAGUCAGCAUAGACAGAUGCUGGAUCUGUAAAAAAUAAAUGUGUUGGACUGUCUAUUUAAUUUAACUGUAUUUUUUUAUAGAGCACAUUUCUUAAAUUUAUUCCUAGCUAACUAGUAAUAUACUCUUCAUUCUUUUGACAUUGUCCAGCAGAGGCUAAUAUGA